AUGCAACAAAAAAGGAUAGAUGUCGCGAUGGUGCGGGUGCUCCGGCAAGAUGCUACUAAUCAUCUAGUUCUUGUGCAAGCUACCUAGAAAUUUUGAAGAACGGUUCAGUCAUCAAACGGACCAUUAGGAGCGGAGAUGACAGAUGGUUUCCUGCAGUAUGUCCUUUUGUGCCUCCAGACAGUAUCAGCAAUGGUCAUGAUAUGGCCAGGACGGGCCCGGUCUUAAAUCGUGAUCCCUGACGCCAAGGAGCAUUUUUUCGGGAAGCGGGGACGCGAAUGCUGGUACAUAUACGAGAAAACAAGCUGCUUGGUACAAUUUAAAUAAAAGGUUUUUCUUGCGACAACGACCUGGUCGGGACCGAACAGACGCGAUCUUUCAGGAGGAACGAGAACUUACAUCUACUUCUCAAAAUAGAACGAGAAUUCCAAAAGUACAAGUACUUGCCGCAGGAAAUAUAACUGGAGAGUUGCUUGUUAAACGACUCCGAGAAGGCCUUUUGUUUGCACUUAUAUUUAUAUUCAUUACCGGUACGUUGACGCGCAAAUCGCUGUGGAACACGACCGGCGAGUAGCGAUGGGAAAUGACCUCAACAAAUAUGCGAAGUCCUACGUGGCAGAGCAGGUAAGCGAGAAGUUUAUGAGUCAGCUACCGUUUUACGCUCAAGUGGAUCAAGCGUUUAACGGGAACAAUGAGCGUGAUCGAGAGGUGUAUUAUGGCUGGUUUUUCACUCUUAUUAUUCUGCCUGUGCCUCGGCGUGAUGGGUACUAGCGUACUUAUUUAAGGAUAGUUAAAUUUAAAUGUGAGCUGGGAAUCAAUGUCCGCCACCACUAUAGAGGAAACCAACGAAGAUACUAGUUACGGAAUUACCCAAGCCAUUACGAUGAAGCACAGCGUCUAAGUUUGUGCCGACGGAGGCUCAUCAAUUCCUGCGGGAUCACCGCUCUACGGUGGUCGGCCUUCGAAAGACAUGGCGGAUACUGGAAGCUUUCCGUCAAGGCCACCAGGCACGAAGGCAGAAGACUGGAGUUGCUACGGCAGGGAUAGAAGUUGCUGCAAACGUAUCUAUCAAUAGCAAUCAAGAAUAAGAAUAGCAAUGGAAAUCAGCGUAGUAGCUUGAACGAAUAUCAAAAAGCAAAAGAAUUAUCCAGUGGUAAAAGAAGUGAUGUAGUUUAUGAUUGAGUUUACUACGUACUGGGCAGGUUUUUUUACCGUGACGACAGAAUCACAUCAUCGUGAGUAUUUCCAGGUGCGUGCGCUGGGCCAGUAUCUUACUUUGGGGACCCGACGUUUAUGAUGUCGGUUGGCUUAUGGACACUGCGUUUUGGCUUCCCACUGCUGGGUUGGUUUUUCUUUGUUGCCAUUGGAAAAUUUGCUGCCGGUUUUGGUUCGGCCUUUCUCUUCUUUUAUCUCAUCAGCAGAUUAUGGAAAGAAGCAUGAAGUUUUUUCAAGGAACACCUUGCAUUGUACCUAUCUAUGGUUGGUCAUUGUCUGUUUCCAGUAACUUUCAAGUUUAACGAAAUGAAGAAAGUAAUAGCACCAUCAGGAUUUUUUUACCGAGGAAAUACAUACUUGCUUUUGUUGGAUGGUACCCCUAGUACUACUAGCUCUAAUUUGUGUAGAUUUUUCGCAUGGACCAGCCAAGCACGCUCCUUCAGGACACGAGGCAGCGGAGUACCGGUGUCCUGAGUGGCUCUCGACCCAUAGGAUAAACUUUGCUGUCGCCGGAGCAGGUGGGGUUGGUAAAUCCACGCUAAUCAACACGCUCCGCGGGUUGAAGGCAAAAGAUCCACUCGCGGCUCAAGUUGGCGCGAAGGAGACCACCAUGGAGCCAAUGUACGCCUUUGUGCUUGGUUAGCAAGCUCAUAUCCAUAUAUAUAAAUAUAUAACUCUCAUGCUCAGUGCUGACGAGAACGCCUACUUUUCUCAUUUGAGGACGGUUUGUAUUCAAGAAAAAAGAAUAAGAACUCCUAUUAAUUUGGUUAUUACGCAUCUGAAAUACACAUAUUCGACGGAACUUCUACGAACUCUUCCUCUUGUGCUCUAGUAUGAUACCACUUAUCAUUCAUCGUCUUCUGCAGGGAUUACCGCUUCCCGUCACAGCAGAAACCGUUUUCGAGUUUGACGAAUUUAGACAAAGUUUCCCUUUGGGAUCUUCCCGGUGUAGGUACCGAAGCCUUCCCCGCAGAACACUACGUGAAGGCGAUGGGUCUUCGGUAUUUCGACGGAGUACUUAUUGUAACUGCAGAGCGCUUUACGCAAAAUGACAUCAUGCUGAUGAAUGCGCUAGCCGAAUUCGACGUCCCAUUUUACAUGAUCCUUACGAUUUUGGAAGAGACGUAGAGCUAGAGAUUGAUCAUCGUAGACGAGGCGAUGAUAAACUUCAAACAUUAAAAAGCAAAAGAUAAAUAGGCAUCCUUCUGUCUUUGUGGAGCAAGGUGAUGGACUUGGAUAGCUCCGUGAUUCUUUCAUCAUUCACUCAUUUACUUACUACGAGAAUGACAAAAGCUUCUUCUUCAUUCUAGCAGUUCUAAGUUUGGGAAUAAAGUAGACCAGGCUGUGGAGAUGGAGUACCAAGAGUAUGGCCGGGCCGAAGCCGCCGUGUUGGAGGACUUGCGCAAGUACUAUCGCGAGCAGAGCGUGACCCAGCGACUAUACUUCCUAUCUGCAGCGAAACUGAGCGAGCGCCGUUUGGAUUUCGAUGAUCUGCUCUUCCAGAUCGCCUCGGACCUGAGCAGUCAUCGAAAAUUACUCUAAUGCAUAAACUUAGUUGUCUUCUUGCUGAUGACUUACUCUUACACCGAUACGUGUUGAUGUUUUCAAUUUCAAAGUUCUUGUUGUUCUAUCAUUCUUGUUCUUGACUCACUCGCGUUAUUAUAUCUAUUGGAAGUUCUUGCAUGUUCUUGUUUUACAGUCGUCUGUCAGUUACGAGUUCUUAAAGUUCCUGGGGGUAGUUCUGUCUGUCAUGAUCUUGUUCGUACGCAGUUCGUUGUUUUUUCUAGUUUAAUUGGCAUGCUUCAGUGUGGUAUAGCGUAAGCACUUAUCUGUAAUCUAUUCUCUUGGGAUACUAACUUCUGAAAUGAUGACUCCUUAUAUUUAAAUAUAAAUACGUUGUAGCUUCUAGUACAUCUUCUACAUCUAGCAACGAAUAAAGAUCGAUGCAGCAAACUCUCGCUUACCUGGAGAUGGCGCAUGAGAAGAUAAAUAUGCCAAGACCAGGUCGGUUCUUAAUUUCCAAGAAAAAUCUACUAAAAAGAAUCGGGAUAUUAAGAAUGCUCCUUCGUGAAAAACGAAGCAGGACUGAGUCUUUUUUAAAAAUGAUCGACCACAAUAAGGUAAUUCAUAGUCUCAAAAUCUAUCGAAUACACACUCAGUCCGAUGUGGUCUAUAAGAAGGGACAUCUGACAACUUUCCUAGAGAUCGAUUCAAAGACAGUCACUCAGGCAAUGAGAACAUGUUGUCGUGGACGACCGAGGAAAAGCCGCACAGAGCAUACUAUAACAAUAUUUGCGGUAAAGGAACCUGCAGGAAAAAAAAAGAGAGCUCAUUGCAGCCCGCAGAACUGGGAGACUAAGAAU